CAGGUACGGUUGAAUGGGACAUGCAUAGAUGAAUAUAUUUCACUGUUGGACGGGAAGGCUUUACAGACAGCGCAUUCUCUUAUUAUUUCUGCGUCUGAAGGCACGAAUGGAGUGAAUGUUCAUGUGGUCGUUUGUACGCAGUGCGGUUCAGGGCCUCGAAGCGGGCAGCGAGUCAUGUCAAGGACUUUCAGUAACAUCGGCUGCACUGUUUUAUCGAUUACAUGGCCCUGGCCCAGAAGAGGCUUAUGGACGUCAAACUCGGAGAACUGCCAUCAUGGUUUGGAACAAGAGACUUCACCCCAAACGGACUUAUUGGUAGUGUUCGAGGAGGAUAUGAGAGAUAUUACAACAAAUACAUCAAUGUGAGGAAAGGUGGCAUUGGUGGAGUUGCCAUGUUCCUUGCUGGUUACAUUGCUCUGAGCUACCUCUGGGAAUACGAUCACAUCAAGCACGACAGGUGGAGGAAGUACCACUGAAACCCACUGGACCACCAGGGCAAUCAAAUAUUUUGUCUGCAGCAGUGUGAUCAUCACACUCCAGCUUUCUCUGUUUGUGACCAAGAAUAAAAUGACUUUUAUUUAA